AUAAGGUCCACGCACUGCGGAGGCCGCGCCUCUAUCUCUCUUUCCUCCUUCUGUUCUUCUUUGCUCUCUCUCUCUCUCACACACACACACACACACACACACACUGCAGGUCAGCGUGAAUUCGCGCGGAUGGUGGGCGGAGUUUGAGGGUACGCGUUCACACACUCUCUCUCCGUGUUUAUACUCGGUGACAGGCGUCCAGAUGGAUGGUGAUCAGUGUGAGUAUGUAGAUGAUCCGUGGGUGAUCACGGUUGAACAGUUGGAUUAUUACACUCAUCAGUUCCUCAGUCUUCAGCGGGACCUCAGUGGCCUCAUCCUCGGCCCUGAUGCGAAACACUUCUUCACCAAGUCCAAGCUGCCCAUCCCCGAACUCUCGCACAUCUGGGAGCUGAGUGAUGUGGAUCGGGACGGAGCCCUCACCUUCCCAGAAUUCUGCACGGCGUUUCACCUGGUAGUGGCACGAAAAAACGGUUAUGCACUUCCUGAUCAGCUUCCACACACACUCCUCUCAGCGUUCAGACCUCCGACUCAGGACUUACAGCCUCUUAUUGUGUUCGAAGAUGCAAAGACACUCAGGCAAAAGGAAGUGGACAUCAACCAGCAGGAAGUCAGAGAGAAGACACAUGAGCAAGAACUCAGUCAGAGCAGAGCAGAGCAAAACCAGCGAACAGAGCAAAGCAGCACUUUAAAACCAGAUCAUCCUAAUGAGUUGGAUGUUAAUCUGAAAUCAAGAACGAGACCCAGGUCUUACUCAAGCACCUCUAUAGACGAUGCUGUAAAGAAGUCAGAAGAGCCCCCGACUCCUCCACCACGUCCUCAGAAAACACACUCUCGUGCUUCAUCACUCGAUCUGAACAAACUCCAGCAGCAAGGUGGGAAAAGUGGUUGGCUUCCUGCUCCUCCUGCCCUUCCUCCUCGAACUCUGACCUCACAGCAGACCCCUCACUUCCUCCCCGGCGUGGAGCACAACACACAGCAACAGCCUUCUUUUGCAGACUUUAACAAGUGCAGAGUUCAGGAGGAUUCUGCAGUGCUCCUGCAAAGCCACACCCCUCAGAAACCGACAAGAAGGAAACUACAUUCAGAAAGCCAGAAUGCUAAUCAUGCAGUGGGCGUGGCUUAUCCAAACCCCGCCUCCUCAACAGUACACAAACUUGGUCAAAAACAGAAGAGAGAGAUUCAGAUGGCCAUUAGGAAGAAUAAAGAAGAGAACGCAGUGCUGAAACGUCUCAACAGUGAACUUCAGCAACAGCUAAAGGAGAUUCAUCUACAGAGGGUUACUUUAGAGUCUCAGCUGGACCUGCUGCGUCCAUCAGCCUCUACCUGACCUACUGAAAACACACACACACACACACACACACACACACACACACACACACACACACACACACACACACACACACACAUAUACUGUCUAAUGUUAUAUGCACAAUGUGUCUGGGAAAAAGGUGUAAAAAAAAAAAACUCUGUAUUUCUCUGGAACUGCAGUAUCUUCAGAUCUGAUCCGCACCGGUAAAAUCGGACCUAAGGAGCAGAAUCGGAUCUCAGAUCAGCAUUUGUGAUACACACCGAGUUCAUAAACACACCUUCACUAUCAGAUCUGCAGGGCUGAAACCUGAACAGGCCAAGCGCACAUACAGAGACAUGACAAAGGAGAAGAACCCGAGAUAUGAAAGAGAACUUGAGGAGGAACGCUGACCAGCCGUGUUCUGAGGUUUUCAUCUUUAUUCCAGCUGCAAUAUCAUGAUGUCAGAGCAGCUUCUUCCCGUCACUGGGUUCCUAUAACACCAUCACUGUGGAGUUUCCUUCUGUUUACUGAGCCACAAAGAUGCAAAAGAACAAACUGCAAAAAAAACCCCUCCAGCUGAUCCUGACUGUGAUGUGAAGGAGCUCCGACUCCUGUUUAUGCAAGAACACAACGCAGCAGCUUCACUUUCUGUUGCUGCUGACGCUGUUUUAUUUUUAUCCUGAGACAAAUUCACAUGUAAACACACACACACACACACACACCAGCCUACCUGACUCAGUAUAACGUGUGUCAUGAUAUGUGUAAGUGAAAUCUGGAAGACUGUAAACACUUCUCCUCCUUUUUGUACGUGUGUGUGUGUGUGUGUGUGUGUGUGUUUAAACUGGCUGUGAAAUGUAUCGCUGUGUUUUAUAUAAUUUCUGAAAACAACACUAGAACACUGAUCUGCUGUUGCUGAGAAUCUUUUCCCUGAGUUUCUCUCGAAACUAUUACAGAUUAUAUUCAUAAAUAAAGCUACAGAAUUCCGUUUGUUA